CCGCCACUAAAAAUUCUCUCCAGACUAUCUACUUGGCCUCCGACCUUAAGUUCAGCUUUAGCGGAUAAACAUUGCCAAUGAUUGAACUGCCGACUCAGUAUAGGAAUAUUGACGAUUAUACAAAUGGCCUAUGCCACUUUCUUUCUACGCCACUCGUGCGCCAAAUCACUGGUGGCAUUCAUGUUAACGACGCAUUUAUUCUGAAUGGAUGGGACGCUCUGCCAAGAGAAUGGACUGAGUGGUGGUCAUCAAUUCCAGAUUACGGCCAAAUACAACGCACUCUCAUUGACAGUAUCGAUGAAACAAAUGGGAAUCUCGCGGAUGAAUACUCUCAAGGAAGCUCUUCACCAAACAUACAGCCAGAGUCUCUGACAAAAUGGCUCAAAAGGUUGAAGUCGUUGGCGUUUCCACGGGCUCAGCGACAUCUCCACGCCCAUGAUUUACCCGUGGAACUAGCGGCGCGCAUGGACACUAAGAAAAUAGCGGAAGUUUCACUUGCUUUGGCCCAUAUUCGAGAUGUCUGCAAAAGGAAGGCCAUUAGAAGAAUUGUGGAUAUGGGGUCUGGGCAAGGGUAUCUAUCUGUCAGCCUGGCCUAUCUGUUCCCCGACUUCCAAAUUCUAUCCAUCGAUGGUAGCCAAUCACAAAUAUCCGGGGCAAAAGAGUUCGCCGACUCCCUCGCCAUUCCGGAAAACCGGCUACGCCAUCUUGUGAGCUGGAUAGAUAGUUCCAUGGCACUAGCUGGCAUUAUCCAAGACUGGCUGGGAGAUAAUGACUGCAUAAUUGUUGGCUUGCAUGCAUGUGGAACCUUGUCAGAGACUAUGAUUCGAUAUUUCGUGUCUAUCCCCCGCGUCGUCAGUAUUGCGGUCGUGGGAUGCUGCUACAACCAUAUAUCGCCUUGCUCAUCCACAAAUCCCGAUGGAUUUCCCAUCAGCAGUGGCAUGAGGGAACGAGGAUUUAGCCUGAGUUCAACGGCUCUCAUGACUGGCUGCCAGGCCCCCAAUAAUUGGCCCAAGUUCAAUGAGCAGAGAAGGGUGAGCAGUCCAUCGCCGUUUGCAAAACGACAUCUAUACAGAUCUAUACUUGAAAAGUUGCUAUUCGAUAAAAGGUUGAACAGCGAAGCCUCAAGCCGUCUGAAUUGGGGCAUCCGUAAGGGUGACCUGGCAACUUUUCGAAAAUUUGCAAGACGAGCUUUGCACAGCUUGAAGAUUGCAGACAGCAAGAUACUGGACGAGGAGCUGGAUAAAUACUGGAAGAUGUUUGAAAAUAGAGAUUACGAGAUAGCGAUACUUUGGACGCUCGGAGUCAUUUGUUGCAAGGUUGUAGAAAGUGCAAUUGCGCUGGAUCGCUGCCUUUUCCUCGCCGAGAACAAUGCAGUUGACAUUGAUCUAGUCCCUAUUUUCGACAUGGCAAUAUCGCCGAGAAACUUGAUGAUUACAGCUAAUAAGACAAAGACUUGAUUUUAAAUGGC